ACUCCUUUGGCGGUCCAAUCCAAAGUGCAGAGUUCAUAGAGAGAGGUGAAAUUUGACAGUAAGUUAAAGUUUUUCAGAAGCUCCCAGUUUUGCGCUGUAAUCCAUAAGGUUGGUUUUCGACGAAGGGGGUUUUGUGAUUUCUGUCUCCGUGUGAUGCAAGGAUGGCAGAAGAGUCUCAGAGAACCGGAGAAUUACCAGAGGACGUCAUGACUGAUGAUUGCAUGAAUUCCUACACAUACCUCUACAGUCCAGACCUUUUGAAAGAUCAGGUUGCCUUUAUCACAGGUGGUGGCUCUGGCAUUGGAUUCCGCAUAGCUGAAGUCUUCAUGAGGCAUGGGUGCGAUGUAGUGAUCGCCAGCCGAAAUCUGCAACGUCUAAGUGAGGCUGCAGAGAAGCUAACUAAAGCAACUGGUCGGAGAUGUCUCCCUUUGGCAAUAGAUGUCAGGCAACCAGAGACUAUUAAUACAGCUGUAGAUCGAACAUUGGAGGAGCUGGGUCGCUUAGACAUACUCAUUAACAAUGCUGCAGGUAACUUCCUAUGUCCUGCCUCUUCUUUGUCAUUCAACGCCUUCAAGACAGUACUGGAGAUCGACACCAUGGGCACUUUCAAUGCCAGCAAAGUGGCCUAUGAGAAGUGGUUCAAGGAUCAUGGUGGUUCUAUUGUGAACAUUUCCGCCACUCUGGGAUACAAGGGUCAGGCGCUCCAGGUGCAUGCUGGGUCAGCAAAAGCAGCAAACGAUGCCAUGACCAAACACCUGGCUGUGGAGUGGGGGCCCAAUGGAGUGCGAGUGAACACCGUAGCACCAGGACCUAUUUCAGGCACCGAGGGCUACCGCCGACUGGGUGGUCCCCAUGCUGAGGAUGCAGGGGCAUUUAACAGCAUUCCCCUGCAGCGUGCGGGGAAUAAGACAGAGAUGGCCCACACCGUGCUCUUCCUCUCCAGCAGGGCAGCUUCCUACAUCACAGGCAGCAUACUGGUGGCUGAUGGUGGAGCGUGGCUGACGUCGCCCAAUGACGUGCACCGUCUGCUGGGUAUACUCUCCUCUCGCUCUGCUAAACUCUGACACCCAACACUCAGGAUUCUGGUCCUCUGAAAUGAAGAGAGAUAGGAAGUAAUGUCUUCUAUCAUCCUCUAAGAAGACCGACCAUGUGACAAGAUAAAGGAGGGCUCUACAUGUCAAACUCCUUUGGACUUGAACAUAGCAUUCCAUCGUUUCAAACAGUAAUCAUGUGUUAAUGUUUAUUUGCACAUACUGGGACUGACAAGCCAGAUGUCCUUGGGCUGUACAAUUCACUCUGUAUUCUGGAGCUUUUUGUUCAUCCUAUGUUAGCUUGUGUUUUCUCUUUCACAAAUUCAGUAUUGAACAUUUCUUUUUGAAACACGAAACAAAUGUAAUUUCUUAUAUAUGUGUGUUAAUGCAUCUGUAAUUAGUUUGUAACCACAUUUUACAACAUUUAAUGAAAACCACUUGAGGGCGCAGUGGUAUCAUAAAGUAAAGCAUAAUUAAUAUGCUGCUGUUUACCUGUAAUCAAUAGCCUACACACGACAUAUCCUUCGCCCAGUAUAUUUUAAUCAAAGGCAAACUGAGUAGGCUCAGAAAUACCUUAUCAUUCAAUACGUGUUUUUUCCCCCCUCGUCAAUAAAUGAAAAUGAUGCGGGCUCUGCAAAUGAAAGUAA